CAUGGCUUCUUGGGCAGCGAUUGAAUGAGCAAAUCGGUCGCCCAAAAUAACCAAGUUAUGGCGAGAUUGAGGUCAGAUUCUGCUAAAACGAAGAGAGAAACUACGAGGAAAACUUCUUCUGCCUCAAGAGUUUGUAAAAAUGGUAAAUCUGGAGCGACAGCGGCGAAGAACUCUGUAUCUUCAAAAGCAAGCUUGCGAUCAGUCAAGCGCGAAAUAGAACCGGCUGCCGAUUCUUUACAGAAAUCAACUAAGUGCUGUGACAAAUCGACGGAUGAACCCUCCAGAAACGGGCCCUCUCACAGAGGCAAGAGGAGAAAGUUCUCAUCCCAGGAGCUUAGUGAAUCUCCCUCAAAAAAACCUAAAGUGAAUUUAUCUGAAGACCAAAUGCCAGAGAAUGUGAAAAAUGUAGAUGGCAAGAAAAGAUUUUCCAAGGCAGAGAAACGUAAAUCAUCUGCAUGUUUGAAACAAGCCUCUAAUAAGAAUGAUGUGAAACCAAAGGCCACCUCCCUUGAGUUGAAACAGGUGCAUGUACCUAUCGCAAAGAUAAAAGGGAAGCUGAAAAAAGGAAGUCCAGUGAAACAUAAACAUUCACCUGUACCUACUCCUGGAGAUGAACAGAGUUCACCUAGAAAACACCAUGCAGCUGCAAGCAAAAGGUUGAAACUAGAUUUGAAAGAAAAUAUCAAAGAAGAGAAUGAUGUUGAGGAAAGUAAAGCAAAAGAAUCUGUGGAAGAUGAUUCUAGUGAUGAUGAGGAGAUAGAGUGGGAAGAUGUUGAUGAGGCUGAUGUUGUGGAUCAUGGACCUGAACACGAGGAAGCUUCAACCUCACAGGAGGAUCAGCCACCCAGCAAAAGCAGUGUUGAGAUCAGUAUCACAGUACCGGGAACAAAAAAGAAAAAAAAAGGAUGGAGUCAUGAAGAUGUUGUUAAAUACAUUAAAAGAGCAAUUAACAGAUUUAGGAAAGAUGUUUACACCAGUGCCCACAAGGUUCACAUUUUGACUCUUAUUGCACAUGGAUUCUUUAGAAACAACAUUUGUAAUGGGUCCCUGCUACAGGCUAUUCUGCUAUCCCAUGUUCCAGGGGACUUUGUUUCUGUGAACAAGAGGAAAUGGGACGUGGUGCAACUUACAAACUUCUUGAAAUGGUUUCAAAGUGAGUUCUCCAGCACUGAUGAUUUAAGAACUGGAGACAAAGAGACAGACAAACAGAUUGCCAGAUUUCAAAACUUAUCUGAGGUAUUUGUGACAAUCUUCAGAGCACUUGGAUUUCUGACAAGGCUUGUGUAUUCCCUUCAGCCCAUGUCAGCUAAAGGUGACGUAGAUGGUAAAACAAGCUCUAAAACUGUGAAGAAGAAUACUCCCAAGGGGAAAAAAGUAUCUCCUCAAAAUUCAAAAAAAUUAUCACCGCCACAUGUUCAGGAGGAAGCUGCUACAAAGUCAAAGAAUUUCAAAUCAGAAAAUGAAUCCAAGACAACUCCAUCUAAAUCUGUGACACUCGUUUCUGAAAAUACAAGUGAUGUUGACAGUAAGAAAUUAAAAAAGGAGAAGGUAACUAAAACUGGUACAAAGGAAGGAGGUAAAUUGAUUAGCGGUGUUCAAAGAACUCCUAAGACUUCUGAUAAGAAUAGCAAAGUCAGCAAGACUAGGAAAAAGAACAAGGAUAACAUUGGUAAUGACCCUGCAAAAAAACCGGUGAAGAAGAGACCUUUACGCAAGAGAGCCAAGGUAGAUUACUCACUCAGUGACCAUGAGAAGGAAAUUGAGGAUGACAAAGAAUGGAGUGAACCAUCUAGUGAAAGUGAAGAGGAGGGAGACACAAACUGCUCAGAAAAAUUCCCAAAGAAGAAAAACAAGUCUCCUCUGGCCAGGACAAAAGUGUCCUCGGCAGAUAGUUGUAAUGGUACACCAACUGAGAACAGUAGCAUGUCAUUAAUUAAUCUUUUGGAUGAUGAUAGUGAUUUUGAAGUUUCAAGCAAACCAUUGGUUAAAAGAAAACUGGCUGCUGAUUCAUCAAAUAAAAAGAAGCCUGUGAAGAUUAUCAGCUCUGAUGAUUCUGAUGAAAGUAUCAAGUGUUUGGAAGUUUUUGCUGAUGAAACAGGUAUCAAUUGGUGGACUGAGGUGUUUUUGCCUUCUGACAAGAAAUGGAUUUGUGUUCAUCUUGAAUCUUCUAGUGUCAAUCAUCCUGAACUGUGUGAACAACAGGCAACCCAACCUAUGGUAUAUGUUGUGUCAUUUGAUAAUGAUAAUUCUGUCAAAGACGUCACAAAUAGGUAUGCCUCUUCCUUCAUGUCUAAGACCAGGAAGCUUCGCAUUGAUUCUGAUUGGUGGGAAGAUACACUUCUUCCAUACAAGUCAAAAAAUAAGAAAAUGGAUAAGAUGGAAAAUUCUCUUCUUGAGGAUCAACUUCUUGACAAACCUCUGCCCACCAGCAUAACGGAGUACAAAAACCAUCCUCUUUACGUGUUGAAGAGACAUCUCCUUAAAUUUGAAGGCUUGUACCCAGAAACUGCAGCCAUUUUGGGUUAUUGCCGCGGUGAAGCAGUCUACUCAAGACAAUGUGUUCAUUUGCUCCACACAAGAGAGAAGUGGUUGAAUGAGGCUUUGGUUGUGAAGCAAGGCGAGAAACCUUACAAGGUUGUAAAAGGACGGCCUAAAAGGAAUCAACCAAUCCAUGAGCGAGAUUCAGUUACAAUUGACUUGUUUGGCAGAUGGCAAACAGAGAAAUAUAAACCUCCGCCAGCGAAAGAUGGAAAAGUACCAAGGAAUGAAUAUGGUAACGUAGAGUUAUUCCAACCUUGUAUGCUGCCACCAGGAACGAGGCACAUUCAAAUAAACGGCAUCCAACGGGUGGCUAAGAAACUCGGCAUUGAUUGCGCUCAGGCUGUGAUUGGAUUUGAUUUUCACUGUGGUUUUAGCCAUCCUGUUAUUGAUGGUGUUGUGGUGUGUGAGGAAUAUGAACAGGUGUUAUUGGAUGCGUGGCAUGAAGAAGAGGAACAAGCAGAGAGGAAAAGAGCAGAGAAGCGCGAAAAACGUAUGCUGGCGAACUGGAAGCUUUUGACGAGGUCACUGUUAAUCCGUGAAAGACUGAAGAAAAGAUACAACACAGAGGAGACAAGCACAGUUGAGACACCAAGCCAAGAGGACGAGGCUGCCACCGACACCUUAGUUUCAUGGCCUCUAAACAGACAAGAGGGCAAAACGAGUGUUGCUGGUGAGGGACAUUGCCAUGUAUUUCCUGAGAGUGGACACUCACAGGAUCCUGUUACCGGAGAAUGGAGUAAAUCAUGUUCGUGUGGAUUAACUCUUCCGUUCGAAAAAAUGUAGACAGAA